AAAUGGUAAAGUUAAAGAUAUUUUUCACAUACACCAUUCAAAACCCUAGUCACAUACCCUUCAGUAAACACAAACCUCUUCUUUCCCUUGUCACUUUCCCGGAAACUCAUCUCCAUUUUUCCUGGAAAAUUCAUCUUCCGUUCUCGCUGACACCACUGCAGACUCUCCAAACGCCUUCACUCACUCUAAUCAGCCAUGGCGGAUGACGGUGUUGCCAACGGCGGUGUAGAUGAUCAGUACGGUGAGGAAUCGGCGACGAAGAUCGCGGUGUUGCAACGCGAGCGCGAUGAAUUGGUGAACGAGAACGCCGCGAGGAAGGAGGAGAUCAAGAAGCUGACGGCGGAGCUCGACAGUUUGCGAAGAGACGGCGAGGUGAAUGUCGAGAAGAUCGAGGAGAUGCAGCGAGAGGUGGCGCAGACGCGAGACGCGGCGAAGGCGGCCGAGGUUAUCGCAGCGAGGGCGGCGGACCUGGAGACGGACGUGGCGAGGCUACAGCACGAUAUGAUAUCGGAGAUGGCUGGUGCGGAGGAGGCGAGGGCGGAUGCUGCCGAAUUGAGGAAGGUUUUAGGAGAGAAGGAGUCGAGGGUUGAGUCUCUGGAGAAGGAACUGACAGCUUUGAAGAAGGUGAAGGCAGAGGGUGAGGUUAGGGUUAGGGAUUUGGAGAGGAGGAUUGGAGUUCUGGAAACCAAGGAAAUUGAGGAAAGGAACAAGAGGAUAAGGUUCGAGGAGGAGAUGAGAGAUAAGGUUGAUGAAAAGGAGAAGGAGAUCAAUGGUUUCAAGCAGAAGUUGGUUGAAUUGGAGAAGGUUACUGCUGAAAAAAAAUCUGAGUUGGAGGAGUCGGUGAAGCAGAAAUUGAGGUUGGAGGAGGCACUUAGAGAAUCUGAGGAGAAAGUAGCGGCUUUGGAAUCAAGUAUUCUUCAAUUGCGUGAAGAAGCAAAGGAAGCUGAAAGGGUGAUUUUAUCGCUGAAUGAGAAGGCGGUUGAGACUGUUGAGAAUAUUGAUAGAGGUGUAAAUGGCAUACACGGUGAAGGGAAAGGGUUGAAGUUGCAGUGGCCGGUGGUGGCAGCAGGGUCUACAGGAGCUGUUGUUGCGGCGGCUGCCGUAAUCUAUGUCUGCUAUGGGAAACGGAGGUGAUUUCACAUGACCAAUCAUCGAUUGGAAGAGGAGGUUGUAGAGAACCCACCUGGUGAAUCAUAUGAUCUUUUAGGAUUAAAUGAUAACACUGAUCUGAUACUGCCGAUGCUGAAUGGCCUUUUUGUCUUGCUUGGUGUCAUUUUGGUUCAUUUGUGGUGACUGUCUUCCGAAGCAGACUUUGGAUUCAGUUGAAAGUUUUUUUCAGAAGUAGUUGGCUUGUUUGGGGUACGAAAGCGUUGGUUUGCAUUGCUCCCUUUUUAAUCCACUUAAAAUUUUCUGUUAAGUUGAAUAGUACCAUCAAACAUUUUGCUUAAAGUUAAAGAGACACAAUAGUCUAUUUUGUUAGUUUUAAUGUAUGUGGGAUCUUCGUUAAAUAAUAUGAUAUUUAUAUUCUAA